UGGCGUUAAGAGAGUGCGCGCGCAUAUUCGGUUACGGAACGAUAAAUGUGAGAGAAUCGAGGAAUAGGUGUUUUGCGCUAAAGCUUUAUUUGUUUACUUUCAUAUUUAUACGGUUGAUAUAUCGGAUGUUCCUUGUAACUAUUGUUGGAUGUUAUUUAUGAGAAAUUCAGUUUACCAAAGAGAUUAAAAAUGAAAAAUGAUUUUUAAGAAUUUAAUAGUAACGCAAAGAGAAAUGAGUUUGGGAAGAUGAUAGUUAAUGGAAAAAGUGGUUAAAAAGUAAAGAAAUGAGCAAUGAAAUAAAUAAAGUGAAAAGUAAUGAAAAGAUGAAUGAAAAUAUGAAACAUGAAUAUGAAAUUGAACAUUUUGUGCCUUAAUGAAGUUUACAAUUGAAUUGUUAAAACAAAAAUUUAUACAAAAGUGAUUAUAAUACCGUUAUAUACAGAUAUACAAAAUAUAUGAAUUGGUGAAGAAAGUGUGAGUGGAAAUAUUCUGUUAAAAGUGAAGGCUAAAAUCCACAGAAAUUAAACAUGUUAAUCCUGAAAUUACAUAUAAUGUUUACACAUUUCGUGUUGUUGCUGUUGUUGACAUCAAUGCUAUGUCUGCAACAGUGCACGGACGCUUACCGCCACAAGGCGGCCAAUUACGAACUCUUGGACAACGACUCUCGUUUCAUAUCAUAUCAAGAUUUAAUGUCGACCUCGAAACGUUUCAACGAUCCAAACACGACUUACUUUGCGCAAAUGUUAUUUGAUGUGGCGCGAAAUCAGGUCAUUGUUGGUGCACGCGACUCAAUUUAUCGCAUGUCCUUCGAUUUGGAGCCACUGGAACGUGCCAUUUGGGCAGCACCGCCCGAACAGAUCGGCAUUUGUCAGGUAAAAGGCCAGUCGGAGCGUUUGUGUCGCAACUAUGUGCGCGUACUGCAAAGCUAUGGUGAGAAUCAGUUGUACGCGUGUGGGACGAACGCCUUUCAGCCGCAAUGUUCAUGGCGCCAGAUGGAGAACCUUACCAUUGUGGCCUAUGAUAAUGGGGUGGGAAAGUGUCCCUUCAAUCCGCAUUCGAGCAUAACGAGUCUAAUGUCCAGCACUGAUAAAAUGUUUGUGGGCACAGCGACGGACUUCUCAGGUGGCGAUGCGGCGAUUUUGCGCACCGAGGUGCAGCCAAAGAAAAUUUUCGGCUAUCGCCACAUUGUACGCACGCAGCAAUACAACAACAAUUGGUUGAAUAAUCCGCACUUCGUGGGCAACUUUGAGGCUGGCAGUUUUGUUUACUUUCUCUUCCGUGAGCCGGCCGUGGAGUAUAGCAAUUGGGGCAAGAUAAUCUACUCGCGCAUUGCACGCGUUUGCAAAAAUGACGUCGGGGGCGAUCACAUUUUGAAAAACAGUUGGACUUCCUUCGUCAAGGCGCGCUUGAAUUGCUCACUACCUGGCGAAUAUCCGUUUUAUUUUGAUGAGAUACAAGGCAUGACCUACUCGGCGGAUGAAGAUGUACUAUAUGCGACCUUUUCAACGCCAGAGAACAGCAUUCACGGCUCAGCGGUCUGUUCGUACAAUCUCUCUGCCAUAAAUGCCGCCUUUGACGGCCCAUUCCGCUACCAAGACUCCGCCGACUCCGAUUGGCGUGUGGUAGAUAUGCCUCAUCGCAGUCAGUUCCAAUGUGAGACUCCCUCGCCAGAUAUGCGCUACAAACGUCUGCUCGAGUCGUCGAAAUUCCAACUUAUGGCUCAAGCCGUACAACCAAUGACCGAUCAGCCGCUGUACUACUCCAAAUUGGAGCGUUUCCAGCAUGUAGCUUUGGACACAUUGCAUACGAAAACCGAGAAGGUGCAUGUCUUGUUCAUUUCGACGGAAGAUAAGCGCAUAAAAAAACUGUCGGUCAAGCAUCAGUUAGAAGAGCGUCGUGCACAGACGUGCCUGAUUGAGGUGUGGCAGUCGGCGGAGUAUAGUGGCGCUGAUGGCGCGAUUUUAAAAAUGGAGUAUCUGAAAGUAACCGAGUCGCUGUAUCUUGGCACGGAGCAGUCGCUGGUGCGCAUACCAGCGCAGCGUUGUAGUCGUCAUGUGUCGCAAAGCAGCUGCCUGAAUGCUAUGGAUCCGUAUUGCGGUUGGAAUGAGCUAAUUGAGCGUUGCACGCCACAGGAAUUGGUGCAGCAAUUGAACAAGUUUUGGCUACAACCCGAUACUUUGCAGUGCCCCAUUUUGAACGCACCCAUCGACGGCGCUUGGUCUACCUGGUCGGAGUGGUAUAAAUGCAAGAAGCAAGGCGAUGAUGAUGGCAAUUGUAUGUGCCGCUCGCGCGAAUGCAACAAUCCAUUGCCGCAAAAUGGUGGGCGCUCCUGUGAUGGCAUAACAACAGAAGUGACCAACUGUACCGUGCAUGGUGACUGGACGAACUGGUCCGAAUGGUCCGCUUGCUCGCAGUCCUGCGGAAUUGCAGUGAAGACGCGUCGACGCUCGUGUGGCAAUCCGAAACCAGCGCACGGUGGACGCACCUGCGUAGGUGAUGAUCAUCAGGAGAUGUAUUGCCGUCAUUUACCACCUUGCCCCACACCGAAGUUACAAGCGAUCGAUGGCGGCUGGGGUCCUUGGGGUGUGUGGAGCGAAUGUAGCGCCCAGUGUGGCGGUGGCUUUCGUAUACGUCGCCGCGAAUGCAACGAUCCGGCGCCACAAAACGAUGGCCAGGAAUGUCCAGGUUGUGCUAUCGACUAUGAAGUGUGCAACGUGCAUGCCUGCCCCGAAGUGAAGAAACUAAGUUCGUGGACGCCUUGGUUGGUGGAGUACAACGACAGUCGCAAGAGCGCAGAAGCCAGUGGCACCUAUGUCGAGCGUCGGUUUAGAUACGCCUGCCGUGGUAGUACCACCGAUAUGAACAGCUUGCGCAUAUCAUUAGCUAAGGAAGAGACGCGCACAUGCCAUGCGGAUGGCAGUUGCCAACGACAUCACGAGGUGUACGGCGCCUCAGCGGUUGCAGCUGGCCAACUAGCAGCGGCAGAGGAGCGUGAAGAGUAUAGUGAAUGGGGUCCAUGUAGUGCUAGCUGCGGUGGUGGCAUGCAAUAUCGCCUGCAUGAAGGUGGUGGUGGGCCCAAGCAUCGAGGACGUCAUGCCACACUAGCGCGUGUGUGCAACAUACAAGCUUGUGAAGAACCGGCCGCGGCGCCGGCAGCGAAUCUGAAUGAGGUUGUGUUGGCGCAUGAGUGGGGUUGUUGGACCGAUUGGUCACCAUGCUCGGUGACUUGCGGCAUGGGUAUUAGACGACGCACGCGCCGGUGCCUGGGCGGCCACGAUAAGCUGUGCAAUGGGAAGGCUAUUGAGGAGGAAAAGUGCGCCAUGACGCCUUGUACUGAUUUUGUUGGUUGGAGUGCAUGGAGCGCUUGGUCGGAAUGCUCCAGCGAUGGAAUACGCAUAAGGCAUCGCAAAUGUUUGGUAGAUGUGCCCUCACCGUCCGAGUGCCGUGGUGCUGAGUUUGAGAAGACUGCAUGCCUGGCGAAAGAAUAUGAAGCCGUCCGCCUAUCGUCUUCUACUUCAUGGCCUUGGAUCAUCCUACUAGUAUCUAUAAUCUACAUCGCCACCAUCAUUGGCACUUUCUAUCUGACCAAACGUUUUAUGAAACCCAUCGAUUUGGGAUUGAAUAAGAAUAACACACCUGCUGCGCCCAACUACGACUCCUAUGCCAAUCAGUAUUCCAGUCUACCGACAAAGGAUUCUUUAAAUUUACAGAUCUACGAGGUGCGACCGAAAGUGAAACGACAAUCCAGUUUCAAUAUGUGCUCACCAUCGCCAUCGAAGAGCUGCAAUACGGGCACACUAACGCGAAAUAAUAUGACACACAAUCACACACCCAAAGUGUUGGCGAAGACUUACAAUGACUGCGAGACGGGCACAUUGAAGCGCAACUCCCAUCAGCUGAACAAUUAUCGUUCGAAUAUUGAUGAUGAGAAGUUCUAGUGGCGCAAAGGCAAUGGGCGGUACUACAAUACCACCACGCAAGGGGGGUGAGAGCGCGUAUUGGAUGUGGCUAAAGGAAGCGCUUCAAUAGCUUCUCAACUGAUCACUGAUGUGUGUGAACACUGCCUUUAUUAUAGUAGACUAAAUAUACUCGUACCUUUGGUUGCUCAAAUGUGCCCUUAGCUGCUUGGCAGCUUGCCGAGAUGCGUCCUAAACUGGUUACGUCAACUGGUUAUGUAGAAUUGUGUAAAUAUGUCUGCGGAACGCUUCGUGAAAUGUUGUAUAGUAUCAUUUUAUGUGCCAUUAGAGGCGCUAAGUCUGCCACAAAAAAAAAAACGAAAAAAUAAGAACAAGAAGAAGAAGAAGAAGAAGAAAUAGUAAUACAAAACAUAUUCAACUCGAAUAUGUUUUUCAGAAUGUUGAUCUGCAGUAAAAUAAGAUUUCUACAUUUGUUGUUGUAAGCGCUUUGCUAAGAGAAAUGUUUGUCCAGUGAAGUGCAUUUACUAAUUGUAAGCCAGAAAUUACUCAUAUUGAGUAUUUAUUUUUAAUUUAAAAGAACUUUUUUUUUUAAUAGUGCAUAAUUUAGUGUGUAUGAAUUUUUAUAUGUAUAUGUAUUUAUAAAGUAGUUAAGGAUAUAAAUUUAGUGGGAAAAUUUAUCGAGAACGUAGACAAAUAAGCUUAGCUGCAAUCUUGGCCUUACUAUUAUUUAAUGCGCAGUGUUUGAUUUUUAUAUUAUUUUUAUUUUUUAUUUUUUUUUAUUUUUUGUAUUAAUUUAUUACAAUUUUAUUUAUCGCAAUUAAACACUUUUUUCUAUUAAUUUAUAAUUUUUUUAACGAAAAUAAGCACUUUUUGUUUUUUUGUGCUUUUUUUAUUAAUUUAUGACACUUUCAUUUAUCGCAAUUAGAUCUUUUUUAGUUUCAAAAUGACAAAAAAUUAUGAAAAAAUUUAGAUAGCAAACAAUUUAGAAUCAAACAACGAGUACCAAAAAAUUAGGAACAUUUCUUAAUUAAUUUUCAACAUUUUUAGAUGAACUUCUUUGAAAUUCUAGCGAUAAAGCAGUAUUGAAGUUGUUUACAUAUGAGUACAGGGCCCGGCACUCGAAGUGUAACCAAUUAAAAAGGCCAUAAAUUUAGUUUGGAAAAUUACUUUUAUUCAAUUCAAAGUAAAAAAUGUGUGAAAAUAAUACAAAAUUAAGAAUCAAUGUACUUUUGCUCGAUAUGCCCACCUUUUGCCUUGACCAUGGUCUUGAGACGGUCCAGAAACGAAUCGCAAGCUGCCCGAAUGUGACUUGCAAGUGUUUUGGUCCACUCGCGAGCAAUGCCUUUUUACAGGGCCUCGAGACUGGGGCAUCUUUUAGUUCAGACCUGGCGCUCCAAAAUGGUGCAAAGAGAAUAAUCCAACAGAUUCGCGUCUGGUGAAUUUGAGAGCCAUUGUGUAGACGUUAUGAAAUUUGGAGCGUGGUUUUUUAGCCAUUCGUGGUUCACUCGAGCUUUGUGAGACGAUGCCGAGUCUUGUUCAACGUGACGUUGCAGUCUUUUGAUGACCACCUCCAUGGCAUUUCGCAAUGCUACCAGUAUCAUUGUAAUGAGUAAUGGCGCGAUAAACAAAAACUUUAUUUACUUUAAGGUGUUCGAGCUCACGAACAAUUGCUGGUUGUGAUUUUCCAUCCAAAUAUAAUGAAAUUUCACUAUUACGUUUGAAAACGGUGUUUAGAUUGUGCGGAAUCUAAUGCGAAUAAACUUUUUUUACCAUGCAAAAUCAAAUUGCUGCUCCUCAUACUAAUGCCCGAGAACGCCCCAAUCGCAUAUUAGGUGAAAUCACUUAUUCCAAUUUAUUGUUGCUGGGCUACUGCACCAUAUAAUGAUUUUGGUUCGUCGAUGCACUCUUGCCUAUUAAUUCACGUUGAAAUUUGUCAAAAAUAAACGCAUUAGAAUGUUCGAGGUAUAAUUCCAUUUUUAUUCAUUCAAAAAAUUUAUGAUAAUAAAAUGAAAUGCCUUAAACAUCAAAAGAUGCCUCACACUGGCACGGCGCUUGUGGUAAAAUAUGUCAAACUUUCCAAUGGAAACACCAGACGGCGCCUGGUUUCUGGUAUUAGAAAUGCUCGAGGCCGGAACGAGGCCUAAACGCCCAGGGUGCGUGAAAAAGAAUUUGGAGUAUGCAGAAAUGUUGCUUUGAAAUAAAAUAAGUUAAGAGGACUUUUUAAUAUUUUGAAUAUUUUUUUAUUUUUUUGGGUUGCCAUUUUCUCGGGGUUUCACAAUUAUUUUGAUUUCAAAUUUCCAAUGCGCACUUAUUAAAGGUGGUGGCACUAGACCAGCAACAAUGUUUUAUACGUUUGAUUGUCACGGCAAAGUAUUGGAAAAGUAGAAAACAAAAAAUUAAUUCGCCUUGUUUUAUUCUGUGCUGACAGCCACAUGGACAUAGCGAAAGAAAAAAAACACAAAUCAGCUGAUUUACCAACACUUAAAUUAAUAAAUUUUUAUUAAUAUAAUUAAAUUAAUUAAAUUUUUAGCACGUUUUAAAUACAAAAUAUAUAUAUUUUUUCCAAAAAUUCUAAAACAAAAUUUAUACAAAUAUGAAAAGAACAGAAGAAAGACUAUAGAAAAAGGUAUUUUACUUUAAAACUCCGUAUCAAAAUUUUCGAAAUUGAAAAGAUCUAAAAAUUAUAAAAUUUGUUUCAAAACCUUUCCAGUUAACUGUUUAUAUUAAUAAAGCCUAAAAAAAAAUUAGAAAAAUUUAAAGCCAUGCCUUAAAUGCUUGAAUCCUCUUGACAUGGAAUUGCUAAAUUUUCAAAUUUAUUUUUGAACUAAAUUUUCUGAUUUAAAAUUGGCAGUCGUAAAUAAAUGUAAUUUUUUAAAUACUUUUCAUACAUAUUUUAACUAUCCUUUUUUUAAAUUUCGUAAUUAGUUUUAGUUUUGGACUUGACUU